CUGCGAGCUACACCAACUCGCAGUACCUUGGAUGCGGCGUCGUAAAAUCAAUGGCAGCAUAGUGAGGGAGUCGAUUGCAUCGCGCUUCAGCCAUCAGCCAAUCCACCUACAACCCACCCAACCGCCUCGCGACUCAACAGACGACACCCAAGAUGACGUCCAGCAUCGGCAUUCCGAUUAAACUUCUCAACGAGGCCCAGGGCCACAUCGUCACCCUCGAGAUCACCUCGGGCCAGACCUACCGAGGCAAGCUGAUUGAAGCCGAGGACAACAUGAACGUACAGCUCAAGGACAUCACGGUGACCGCGCGCGACGGGCGCGUCAGUCAUCUCGAGCAGGUCUACAUCCGCGGCAGCCACGUGCGCUUCUUCAUCGUCCCGGACAUGCUGAGGAACGCUCCCAUGUUCCGCAGCCGUAACGUCCGCGGAAGGGGUGUCGGUCUCGCCAGAGGAAGGGCGACGGUCAGCAGGGCAAGGGCUGGUGGUCGUGGGAGGUAAAAGCGUGUGUGUGGUUCUUUCUUCGGGGGUGCCAAACCAGGACGCGCAAAAGCUGGUCGUUGUUACGUUACGGUAAACCCGAAGAAAAAAGAGAAAAGAGGUCGACAUGUCUGGUCUGGCGUUCUGGGUUAUGCAGCAGUGGAGAAGCUCGAGAAGGUAUUGGGGAAAAUACAUACGGGGAUAUACGAGGGAGAAGGUGGAAAGAACAAGCAGUUUCCGGUGGUGGACAGGGGCUGGCUGCCGUGUGCGAAGUCGGGAGGAUGCACCUUCGCCAUUUGACGAGAGACUGACUGGCCCUGGGCGCUUAGGGUACGUAUCAUGUC